AUGAGGCCUCCCGCGGAAUAUGAUAACUCGAGGUUGCCAGCUGAAGCUGAGGAAGGAGAUCCUAGAGCACCAGCGAUGAUGAUCUGUGCUAGAUUAGCUGGAAGAGCCAUUAUCAGGGUUGUGGGAAGAUGUGAAGACGCACAAGAGAAUAGAGAAUUAGAUUUAUCAGAGUGCCAGCUCAUGCAGGUUCCAGAUGCAGUAUAUCACCUCAUGCGACAUACAGAACUCAAAAGCUGUGAUCUCAGUGGCAAUGUCAUCACAAAAAUUCCACCUAAAUUUACAGUUAAAUUUAGUUUAAUUACAGAUCUAAACUUAUCUAACAACCAAAUGGGAAGGUUACCAGAUGAAAUGUGUACACUGGCCUGUCUGCAGCGGCUCGACAUAUCACACAACACAUUUGUGGCUCUCCCACCUAUUGCCUUCCAAUGUCCGAGUCUGCACACCUUACUAGCACACCACAAUCAAAUUAUUGAAGUGGAUGUCGACAGAUUAGCCAGAUCUCGUGCUUUGGAGUAUGUUGACCUCAGUGAUAAUCCCAUACCUCCUAGAACCUAUGAAGAGUUGAAGCAGCUUACAAGACCAUCAAUAACUAUCUCUGAAAGGGGAAAAGAAGAUUGGGAGGAAGAUCUUAUACUAUAA